UGAGGUAUCAUACUACAAUGGAACCUAGUCUGAGACCAAACAAUAUGAAGCUUUAUUUUAUUUUCGUUUUCACCUUUCACUUCUACUUGAUUGUUUUAUCUUAUUCCAAAUCAAUUAUCAAAACAAUUCCAGGAUAUGCAGGAGAUCUUCCUUUUAAACUUGAAACCGGGUAUAUUGGAGUAGGGGAGAAGGAAGACAUACAAUUGUUUUACUACUUUGUUGAGUCAACAAGGAACCCACAUGAAGACCCUCUUAUAUUUUAUAUUCCCGGUGGACCUGGUGCUUCUGCGUUAAUCACAUUCUUAUAUGAAUUAGGUCCACUUAACUUUGAUUUGGAUAAAGGUCUGGAUAAUAUCACAUUAAUACUGAAUCCAACCACAUGGACACAGAUGGCCAAUAUCAUAUUCGUGGAUAUACCGGCUGGUGCGGGUUUUUCCUACGCUGAAACAAAAGAUGGAUGGAUUAGCAGCGACAACAUCCUGGCUGAUCAUGCUAAUGCGUUCAUAAAGAAGGUCGAACUAAAAUUACACAUAAUCUAA